AUGUCGGCGUCUCUCAAGAAGAAGCUGGUUUACUCGGUCGAUACCCCUUUCUCCUCGGCAGAAUGGCCAGAAAUCUCCUUUGAGGACCAGGAGGCAAUCCUGGAGUUACUAUGCAGCCUUCUGGCCCCAAUCGGGCAACACCGCCAGAGACACGUGAAGCCAUCCGAAGGCAAACGGGCAGCCAAGAGAAAGAGAAAGGAAGAGGGGGCAGAUGCUGCGGCAUCGGAAAAGGGGCAACGCCCGCCUCCGCCGGAGAUCGCUUCAUUCGUCGACGUCGGUCUUGCCAGCAUCACCAGAAACCUCGAGAAGCGUGCCGCAGCGGAGGUGAGCGCGGAGCCGAUUUCGAGUGAAACGGACGACGCCCAAACGGCCAGCCAAAACAGUCCAUACGCUGUCAUCUUCGUGGCCCGCUCGGGGCAAUCCUCCGCGUUCAAUUGUCAACUGCCGCAAAUGGUCGCCGUCGCCUCGAAGGCCACGCCAUCCGCAUCGCCGACGAGGCUUGUAGGGUAUUCGAAGCCUUGCAGCGACAGACUCAGCGCUUGCCUUGGAAUUCCCAGGGUCUCGUCCGUCGGCAUUCGCGUACAAGCUCCCAUGUCCAAGGCGCUGAUUGACUUUGUCCAGCAGCAUGUCCCGCCCGUGAGGAUAGCAUGGCUUGAUGAGGCUCGCAAUGCCAACUAUAUCCCGACAAAACUCAAGAUAGAGGAGAAGAUGGUUCCCGCGAAGAAGGCGGGCAAGGCAUGA